ACAACUUCAAUCGGUGUGUGUGUGUGUUGUUAUUUAUUGUGCUCUGCUGUCUGCUGUUUUAGGUUAAAGAAUUUUUAGUGUUAGUUAAGUAAGGAAUCAUUUGCUUAAGACAUUUAAGAUUUAGUGACAACCUAGAUAAAUAAAACCCAGACGUCUAUUUGCUAUACAUAAUGAAUUUCUAUCAUCCUAUCAACAUAAUUUUGACUGCCGAAAGAGUGCUGGUUCGCAAAUCACCGCUAAGUCAGCUUCAGCUUUCACGAGUUCUGAUUGGUAGAACAAAUGUGUGUACAGCGCAUAAGAGAUUGCUCUACCUUUCUCCCAACAAUGGCAGUGUUGUCCCUGGAAAGCUAUUGCAAGUCGAAGACGGAAUUUUCAAGAAAAUUUUGAAAAAGAUAAAAUUUCUUAUGCUUGAUAAUGCAAAACUAUCAGCACUUGGCUAUUUCCUGUACGAGACCAUCGCAGAUAAAAUCGACUACUUAUCAUUUUUCAAUGAGAUGUCGAUGCCGGACACAUUCAACUCGUGGUUCCUGGUGACGGAGCUGCAUGUGUGGAUGUUGAUGGCCAAGGCGAUGGAGUACGGUCCGGACGGUAGAGUGAUUCGCAACAAGAUUGUGGAAGCCAUGUGGAACGAUGUCAACGACAAGGCAAAGAAACUUGGGCCUGAAAACUUGUCUGCGGCGAGAGAACAAACAAGGUUGCUCGGGGAUCAGUUCCAAGCUGCGAUUCUGGCGUACGAUGAAGGGAUUCUAACUGACGACAGAGUGCUGGCCUCCGCGCUCUGGAGGAGGUUUUUUGAAAAGGAAUGCAAAAACGCAAGGACUUUGGAAAUCAUGGUCAGAUAUGUUAGACUACAGAUGGAGAGUUUGGAUAAUUUAUCAGAAGACGACUUCAAGAAACAUAAAAUAGAAUGGGUACCAUUUGACAAAACAUGAAUUUUAUAUUGAAUCUAGUCUAAAUGUUUUGUUUUUGUUAUGUACAGCUUGUAACAUACUUGUAAAAGUUAGUAAAACAUUAGCAAUCAACCAGUAUUAAUUGGA